GCUCUAGGGAAGGAAGGCUCAAGGCGGCGGCCGGCCCCUCAAGGGGCGGGGCGCGACAGUCACCUACCUGCCCCUGAGCAGUCAAUAAAGUUUGCGAGGGUUCCCCGCCGCGCGCGUGCGCAGAUCGAAGCUGCCGCGGCGGUGCGCAUGCGUGGAGGGGCUGUACGACGACCUGGCGGCGGAGAUAACGGCGGAACGGCUCGUGGCGCCGGGCCUGACCGGAGCUUGGGGUUUCUGUGAGGAGGCCGUUAAGCAGAUCAAAAGAACCUGUGCUGUUGGCAGCUUUCUGGGUGCUGGCUGUGGGUGGAUCUUACACCCCCACAGAAGCUGCUAGCCGGAUUGUGGAAACAGAGUGAGACCAGGCUUCACAGAAGGAGAUUGCUUUCCUCAGUGCACUGAAAUACAAAGACCAUCACCAUGGAUUUUCAGCAUCGUCCUGGGGGAAAGACUGGGAGCGGUGGGGUGGCUUCAUCUUCUGAGAGCAACCGAGAUAGAAGGGAACGACUCAGACAACUAGCUCUUGAAACAAUCGAUAUCAACAAGGAUCCAUACUUUAUGAAGAACCAUUUGGGUUCCUAUGAAUGCAAACUCUGCUUAACACUUCAUAACAAUGAGGGAAGCUACUUAGCGCAUACUCAAGGAAAAAAGCAUCAAACAAAUUUGGCUCGGAGAGCUGCAAAAGAAGCCAAGGAGGCUCCAGCCCAGCCGGCCCCAGAGAAAGUCAAAGUGGAAGUGAAGAAGUUUGUAAAAAUUGGCCGUCCUGGCUACAAAGUGACCAAACAACGGGACACGGAGAUGGGCCAGCAGAGCCUCCUCUUCCAGAUUGACUAUCCUGAGAUCGCUGAGAGCAUCAUGCCACGCCACCGGUUCAUGUCUGCGUAUGAGCAGAGGAUUGAACCCCCAGACAGACGCUGGCAGUAUCUUUUGAUGGCAGCUGAGCCCUAUGAAACCAUUGCUUUCAAGGUGCCAAGUAGAGAGAUUGACAAAGCCGAGGGGAAGUUUUGGACCCACUGGAACAGAGAAACCAAGCAGUUUUUUCUCCAGUUCCAUUUUAAGAUGGAGAAGCCUCCUGCUCCUCCAGCCCUCCCUGCUGGGCCUCCCGGAGUGAAGCGGCCCCCACCCCCGCUGAUGAAUGGUUUGCCACCUCGACCACCUCUGCCAGAGUCCUUGCCGCCACCACCUCCAGGUGGCAUGCCUCUGCCACCCAUGCCUCCCAGUGGGCCUGCACCCCCAGGCCCUCCUGGGCCUCCUCAGAUGCCCCCUCCUGCACCUGGAGUUCAUCCCCCUGCUCCUGGGGUUCAUCCUCCAGCUCCUGGGGUUCACCCUCCAGCUCCUGGGGUUCACCCCCCUACUCCUGGGGUUCAUCCUCCAGCUCCCGGGGUACACCCCCCGGCUCCUGGAGUACACCCUCCCGCUCCUGGGGUACACCCUCCUGCUCCUGGAGUGCAUCCUCCAGCUCCUGGGGUACAUCCCCCAGCACCUGGGGUUCAUCCCCAGGCUCCAGGAGUUCACCCUCCAGCACCUGGGGUGCAUCCCCCAGCUCCAGGGGUACACCCCCCAGCACCCGGGGUUCACCCUCAGGCUCCAGGAGUACAUCCCCAAGCACCUGGGGUUCACCCUCAGGCUCCAGGAGUACAUCCCCAAGCACCUGGGGUUCACCCUCAGGCUCCUGGGGUACACCCACAAGCACCUGGAGUUCACCCCCAGGCUCCUGGGGUUCACCCACAAGCUCCUGGAGUUCACCCACAGGCUCCUGGGGUUCACCCACAAGCUCCUGGGGUUCACCCACAAGCUCCUGGAGUUCACCCACAAGCUCCUGGGGUUCACCCACAAGCUCCUGGGGUUCACCCACAAGCUCCUGGAGUUCACCCACAAGCUCCUGGGGUACACCCCCAGGCUCCGGGGGUUCAUCCUCAGGCUCCAGGGGUUCAUCCUCAGGCUCCGGGGGUUCAUCCUCAGGCUCCAGGGGUUCAUCCUCAAGCUCCAGGGGUUCACCCCCAAGCCCCAGGUGUACACCCCCCAAACCCAGGAGUACAUCCUCCGACUCCUAUGCCCCCAAUGUUGCGGCCUCCUCUUCCCUCGGAAGGACCUGGAAACAUUCCUCCUCCUCCACCAACCAAUUGAAAAGCUUUUCCUCCUCCCCUGCCAAGUUGGUUUUUACUUACAUUGCAUCAUUCCCCCAAAGACGAGUAUUGGUGUUUUUUUUUGUGCAGAGGUUUGAACUCUGUCCUCAAAGUUGAUUAAAUAGGUUUCUACCUUGUUUACAUUGAAUGGAGUGAUGUGGAAUAGUGUCAUUAAGCUGUUGUAGAGUCCUGAUGAGAAGUCACUUGGAAGUAACCAGCCUCUUCACCCCCUUUCCCUAGUUACUAUAUAUGUGGGGUCUAAGAAGAAAACUGCCGAUUGCUUAGUGACUGGCUGGUGCAGAAGUCCCUGAGAAACAUGUUGGCUUGUGGUGCAACCCUUGUCCCUCCACUCGUUUGAGUAGAUGGGCUCUGACACCCUCCCAAGGCCUGUCAGGAGUUCUGUCUAGCAGACAUGGCCAUGAUCUCCCAGAAUUGGGCCCUGUGCACACUGCUCCUCGUUAACGCUUGAGUUUGUCACAGAAUGUCUGAAUCCAAUCUUUAAUAGACAUAGGUUCCCAGCUCUAGGUCUUUUCUUGAACCUUAGGGGAAGGAGGUAGGUUUGUCUGUGAAGACAUCUGAUUAGGGCCCGAGUUAGACUGCAGACACUUAGUGCUCUUUAAGGCCAGUUUUUAAGAGUCACUUUAUAUUCCUGUGGCAUUGUCAGUUUGAGCUUGAUACUAAUGAAGCCAAGGUCAUUCAGUCAUUCCAAGUACUCAGCCCCCAACCCCAGGCAGGUAUUUCACAAAUGUAUGCCCAGGUAACCUGGUAUGUGGGUGAUUUAGUGGAACCCUUCCAGCUUCCCCAUGCAGCUGUCACCAGCCCAUGUUCUACAAAGAAAAAUGAGAGAUUGCACUUCCACUUCUCCCCCCCAGCCUAGACUUAAUAGUUAUAGUAUUAUAUUUCUCUAUGCAGUUAUAUGUGGGUGGUCAAUUACUUUUAAAGAACAUUGACUACAUAUGGUACAGCCAGCCUUGUAUUAGGUACCAUGGGGAAACAGAGGAAGAGACAGUCCGUCCUCUAAGGAAAUUAGUUGGGAAGGUGAGAUAGAUACACAACAAUGAGAGGCUAACCAGCAUCUGGUUACAGCUUUGUCGGCAGUUGGAAGGGACCUCAAAGGUUCUAGCCUGUAUCUGACCAAGAACCCCUUUUAUAACAUUCUUAAGUAUCUAAAAGACUCUCAAGUUGUAGUUGCAUCGCCUCUGCUUGGAGACCUUUGAUGAUAAAUGCUUUAACACCUGUACCAACCUCCUCCGUUUUGGGACAUGCCUAAUGAUUUUUCCUUAGCCCCUGAGAUCUGCCUGUGAGCCACGCUGCUUCGAGGCCUGCCCUCGUGUCUUCAUCCAGCCUGUGUUAGUGAAGGGGAUGUUUUCCAACCCAAAUGUAAAAUUUUACUUUCAUUACUAUUAAAUUUCAGCUUACUCAGUUGUACCAGAA